UAAAUUAAUUGGUUUACGUGAAAGUUAUGGCAUUUACAAAUGGUGGUAUAUAUCCUGGGAUUUUUUUUUUUUAUUAUUUUAUUUUUUACUAGUAAUGGUGCCGAUCAGCAACUUAUAUUGGGGCUGAGGGAGUGGGCAUUCUGACACAGGGGGGAAUUGACUUGGUGUCACUGACAUCCCCAUUGACAAAAAUACAGUGAUCAGUGCUAAUAUAAAGCACUGACACUGUACUAAUGGCACUGGGCAGGAAGGAGUUAACAUGUGGGGUGAUCAAAGGGUUAACUGUGUGCUGUGUGUCUGUGUGUCAUUUUCAAACAUUUGUUUCAAUUUUUUGCACAGCACAGCCAUCCAGAGCAGUGUACUUACAGAGAAGCACCAACACACCGCCCCCCAGUAAAACACUCACAGCA